AGCACCCAGCAGUUCUACGAAAAGUUUCGACGAUUUUAAUAAAAAAAAAUAAAUAAAUUAUACACGUAAAUUAUUGAAAUAACAAAAUUAUACAACAAACAAGGAAGAGAUUCUAGAGAAAAGGUGGCAAGUAACACUUAGGCGCACCGAAAGGAGUCACAGCACAGAAACCCGUUAUAUGCACCAGAGUGCCAGCCAGAAGUGCGUUCAAGUGUAACAAAUAUAACGGACCAGCGUCCAACGGCAAUGCCAGCAGCUGCGUGCAAAUACAUUUGCGUCACACAGAUGUUGCAACAACGCCACCUGAGCGAAUAAACAGGAAACGAACAAAAAAAGUAUUUGUAGCUGGUGUUGCACAGUGCUGCGUGUGAACGUGUGAAUGAGCAACUGAAUGGAGGAAAAAUUGCCAAUUCAGUUGCUCAAUAGCGAUCGCAAACAAUCGAAGUGAAACGUGUACAACAACAGCAACAGCAACAACUGUGUUGCUAUAGCUCGCGGUGUUAAGUAAAGGACGGCAUGUGGCAUGCUACACAAAAAGGGCAAGAUUAAAAUAGCGAGCCAAACGCAUUUGCAACAGUGUGGCAGCUUGGCUGACAGUAACGAAAACAAAUGAAAUAAUAAAAUUUCCGCAGCAACAAAGCGACACGCGCUGAAACAAGCCAAGCAAAGUAGAGAACGAAUUUGCAAAAUACAACAACAAUAACAACAAUCAAACAGUUAAAUGUCCACCAAGCCAAAUGCGAAGUGGCAACAGCAGCAGCAAGUACAAAGCUGGCGGCCAACGCAGACGAACUGAAUACAAAACAGCGAAAGGGUAUCAAGUGCCAGCGGCAAGCGGCAGCUUAAAAGCAGCCACGCAUUGGCAGUGAUGUUGGAGGCGUUGCAAAAGCAGCAGCAGCAGCAGUGGCACCACAACUACUACUACAACUACGACGGCGACGACGACGACGACACACAGCGUGCGCUACCAGCGUUGCAAGCAAAGUCCAUCAAUUUUCGUCAACGGCGCAAAGGUAUCAGCAGACAGACCAGCUGCCAACGUAUAGGCCGCCAACAACGACACAAUACGCCAGUUUAUGGUAACACACAUGCCGCAGCAGCAACCGAACGGCAAAUAAAGAGAGAAAAACCACAGCAACAAGAGCAACAACAAAAACAAAAACGACGAGGCAAACGACGACAGCAGCUUGAACGGCAUACGUUUGCCAAUAGGCGAGUUCGGUGCGGCACAGCCGUUUCGCAUGACAAACGACAGCAACAACAACAACAAAAGCAUUGCAUUGGCACAUUAGUUUGCUGAUAUCGCCAGCAAACGCUGGUAUACUAUUUCCGGUCGAGCGCCGACAAGGACACACGUCCCGUCAACAACAGCAGGCAAAUAUACCUGCGUUAAAGUUACUCAUACGCACCGUGAUACAGCAGAGCGGAGCGAACGAACAGCCGCUCUUGAUUGUGACAUAUCCUUCCUCUUUUUCUUGCUAUAGUUUUCGCUGUGCUUCUUGCAACUUCCGUCAACUGCUGUGUCGGCAACGCAUUUAAAUCGCUGGCUUGCCGCACACACACACCCACACACCCACAAUAUCUUUAGUGGAACAGGUGUGUACGUAGCGGGAGUUGCCAUUAAUAGCAGCUAUAGUGGUGAAAUAUAUGCAACAGCAACAACAGUAAGCACUACGGUGUAGUGCCACAGCAGCAUCAAAAACAACAAAAACAGCAGUUACAAUAACUUUGAGCGAUAGCCAUUCGAUUGAAGCGCGCAGAAAGGCAAUCGCAGCAAAUAUGAGCAGAAAUUGUAUUGCAAUUUGCUUGUCAGUUUUCCUUGCGCUCAACAUUCUACUAAUGUUGUUGCCAUAUGCAGCCGGCGAUGAUUGGUCGGCGAGUUGUGCCUCCAACUGUACAUGUAAGUGGACGAAUGGCAAGAAGUCAGCCAUCUGCAGUUCGCUACAACUCACCGCCAUACCAACAACGCUGAGUACAGAACUACAAGUGCUCGUACUAAACGACAACCACAUACCCUAUCUAAAUCGAGAGGAAUUCACCAAUUUGGGUCUGCUGAACUUGCAACGCAUCUAUCUGAAAAAGUCUGAGGUGCAAUAUGUACACAAAGAGACAUUUCGCAAUUUGAAAAUCUUAGUGGAGAUUGAUCUGUCAGACAACAAAAUUGAGAUGAUCGACAAAGAUACAUUUAUGGGUAACGACCGCCUACGCAUACUUUAUCUAAAUGGUAAUCCGCUGAAGAAGCUGGUGGCUUAUCAGUUUCCCAUACUGCCGCAUUUGCGUACAUUGGACCUGCAUAACUGUCUGAUUUCAUAUGUGGAUCCCAUGGCUUUGGCGAAUCUAAAUCUCUUGGAGUUUCUUUAUUUGAAAAAUAAUUUGCUGGAGAGCCUCAGUGAAUAUGUCUUCCAGCAUAUGACGAAUCUGAAGACACUCGUUCUGGAUGAGAAUCCAUGGCAGUGUAACUGUAAGUUACGCAAAUUUCGCAACUGGUAUGUGAAGAGCAAAUUGAACAGCAUCAGUCUGCUGUGUAAGGGACCGCCGGUGCAGAAAGAUAAGCAGUGGGAGAAUGUGGAAGAGGAGCAAUUCGGCUGCAUGCCCAAAGUGGAGCUUUUCAACAAUGAAGAUGUACAGAAUAUAGACAUAGGAAGCAAUACGACGUUCAGCUGUCUGGUAUAUGGUGACCCAUUACCUGAGGUCACCUGGGAACUGAAUGGCAAAAUCUUGGAUAAUGACAAUGUGAUCUUCGACGCAGAGUCGAUCUCGUCGGACAAACUCUGGAGUAAUUUGACUGUCUUUAAUAUGACCAGCCUGGAUGCAGGCACAUAUGCGUGUAUUGGUUCGAAUGUGGUGGGUGUGGCAACACAAAAUAUCAGCAUUUAUCUAACAGAAAUUGUGCAACAUGUGUUAGUCAAGACACCGGAAACGUUCUGGUACUUUGGCUUGAUCAUGGGCACAUUCGGCACCAUCUUUCUGCUUAUACUCUUUUCGUUUGUCGUGUGUCUGUGCAAACGCACUACGCGGCAGCGACGUCAUCCGAAGAAAUCCGGCGUAAAACCGAGUGUCAGCUUCAAUGAUCAAGAAAAGAAGUUGCUCGAUUUGAGUAUAACGACAACUACAGCAGAUCGCGGUGACAGCUGUAUCAUGGACAACAAUACAACAACAACAAUGAGUAAAACAGAAUCGGUAAUCGGCUUCGAGCCAAUCGAAAUACAUGCCACAGAGAAUAUGCGCGCCAACCACAAUCAUCAUCAGCUGACGCAUCAGCAGGCGCAUCAGCAGGCGCAUCAACAGCAGCUACAACAACAUCAUGCGCAUAUGGCAGGCGCGUCGGGCGGUGGCAGCGGCAGUGGUACACCAAACUCAAUAAUGGCGCCGAAUCGCCAGCAAUUGAUGGCGGUUGCCGACGGUUCCUGCAGCGUAGUCGGCAUACCAACCUCAAUGGCAUCAGUUGUCGCUGGCUCGACGCAUCCGAGUACCAUACCAGAGGAGUUCCCACUGAAUGUGGGUGUCUUUCCGCCACCACCGGAGUUUUGCUCCAACAUUGUGCCCAAUCCCGCGUACGGUAAUAUCUUUAUCAGCGUCUCGGUGACGCAGGAUAUGCUGGACGGCGCGGAUAUAAGCAUGUAUCCCGAUCUUUUGAAUAUACCGAAGCGUCAACUGAAUGCCGAUGGCAGCACUGUACAGACCGGCGUAAGUGUGACCAGCGGUACUAUUGGCGGUAAUACUAACGCCACAACAACCACAAUGUUACCUUCGGGUACAACAACGGCCGUUAAUGUGUCCUCGUUUGCGACGCUACCGCGCAAUCAUCAGCGCCGUGGCAUACUCAAGAAGGAUUCAUCGCUGCAGCAUCAGCAUUCACUACAACAACAGCAACAAACGAAUUUGUAUCCACACGAUGAAAUCGUCUCGUAUCACAAUUUGGACACCACCUACAGUCAAGGCUAUCAAGAACAUCAGCAGCAACAACAGCAGCAGCAACAGCAGCAACGCCAAGCAUAUGCCGCCAAUAUAGUUGGCUUGCCACCGCCACCACCACCGCCUGCCGCAGCGAACCUGUCAGCACAGUGCCAUCACAACCAAGCGGCGGCGGCGGUAGCGGCUGCCAUCAACUCCAAAGCCUGUGCCGCCUGCAUAGGCACGCUCUCACCGCCACCGCCUUCCUGCAGCACACCGCCCACCACGAUGGAUGCCACACCGCUGCGACCGCUUUGCAAAGGCAGCGCCGGUGGUACAGCAGCGUCCGGUAAUGCGGGCUUAAAGUACGACAACAUGGGUCGACGUAUAACGGCGAGCGGCAAUUCGACACUCUCGCUGCCCGAUGAAGCGGACGAGGAAUGUUUGGAGGAUGAAACACGUUUUAUUGAGGAGGCGUGCAGUAUAAAGCAGGGACAACAACAACAAGACUGUCAACAACAAAAACCCACCGCGGCGCAUACAACAACCGCGAGCGGUAAUACGAAAGUAGCAGAUGCGGGUGGCGGUGCGGAGUAUGUGUCGCUGUAGUAUUACGGCACGCAGGUGUAAAUACGGAGGCGUUGUAACAUACACAGUUAUACAAGAGUGCUUACUUACGGUUAGCGAGAAUAAGAGAGUGCUAGUAAGUACGUUUGCAUAGUUUAGUUAUUAGUAAGCAACAUAUUCAACUAAUAUUAUCUAGCACAUAAGCAGUUGUAAGUUAUUAUCGUGUCUCAUAUGCUACUAGUAUUCAUUUUUCAACUUCAUAUUCGUAAAGUAGGGCAUUCAUAAAAUAUUACUGUUAUAUUUAGUAUAACAAACAGCUUAAAAGAACAGUUGCAAUUCGAUUAGAGGUAGAAAAUUAAUUUGAAAAAUGUUUAAUACUACUUUAGAACUUAUGCUUCUGGCAGACAUAAGAUUUAAGUUUUCGUAAACUAAUUAUAUGCGAUAUACAUUCAUACAUGAAUACUUAUUCUGUCAGCUUUAAGUAGUCAAAACCCAUUGGUUAACUUCCGUUUAUUCCUUAGCUACGUUAGAUUAGAUUCUAACAGCGAUUGCACUUGGACAGCUUAAUACGCCUUCUAUAUACCAUAAUUGAUCAUAGGACACUCUUAAAGCGACAAAGUGCUUUCCGCGGUAGAGCGCAAGUUGACAACCGAGGUACAACCUGCUCCCACUCCUAUGUGAGCGGGGACAGAUAGUCAAAAUUCUCUGGAAAGUUGAUUUCAUUCCUAUCAAACCAGUACAAGAUAUUCUUGUUGGCAAAAGUGUCAUUAUUUUAAUCUAAAAAAACACUUAAUUACUACAAUAUUUCAAUGAUGAACGUUAGUCUUAGGACUAGCUAGUUUCUAUGCACUAGUUCAUCAUUUUCGGAGCAAGAUCUUUCUUAUGUUAUUAACUCUAGGUAUGUUCCAAGGUUUUUUUUUUGUAAUAUAAUUUCAAGACAAUUUUUUAACUGCAUCAGUCGAGAUCAAGUUUAUAAAAACUUUUAAAAGAGUGUUAUUCAAUAGUUCAGAAGCUACUAUGAAAUUAGCGCAGAAGCCUUGCAAAAUUUUCCUGUAUGUUAACUCUUAAUUUUGAAAUGAUACCUUAUAGACGUCAUGCAUGUAUAUUAGGGUGGAGCGAAAAAAAAAUUUUAUUAUUUAUAAUAAUUUUAUUAUUUUUUGCUUAGCCUAAGGGUAAAAUUUGUAGAUUAGAAAAAAAGAAAAUUUUUUGAAAAAAACAUAUUAGUUUUAACAUCUAAAAGCGGCCUACUCACUUUUAAAGUUAAUUUCGAGUUAAAAAUUUUUUUUCGGAAACAAAUAUUUUUUUAUUUAAACUCUUCACAUGUAUAUAAAAUUAACCGAAUUUGACGGUUUUUGACUCAAAAUUUAUUUUAACGCUUAAGGAAAGACUUUUUUUAAAACUCCAAUAAUGACCCCAAAAUUUUUUUUUAAGUUAACUUUUAAUUAUCCAGAAAGAGUGCUCUCCACAGCUUUUAGAAUACUUAUCAAAAUUUUUUUACGAAAUAAAAAUUGUAACUCGAAAUUUCGCUUUAACGUAAGCCUCUAGAUGUUAAAACCAAUUUUUUUUCCAAAAAUUUUUCUUUUUUUUAAUCUACAAAUUUUACCCUCAAAAAUAAUUUUUUUUUUCGCUCCACCCUAAUGUAUACAUGUAUACCUUUUACCACCAUUUUAUCAGCCGUCCCCCUGUCGUUGUCUGUUUUCAAAAAAAUUUACAUCAGCUAACCUAUUUUCUGCCAAGAAUUUGUUUCUAAUCGUGCGCCAUUUAAGCUGGAGCACUCUUCGUGCGUACAAUUAAUUUAACUUACCAAUACCUCGUUCGAUUCGUCACUCUCUAGGUGUUAUCGUUACUAAAUUUUCAUAGUAUACAUAGUUACGGAAAUAUUAAUAUUUUAAUACUAAAGAAAACAUUUUAUACUUGAAUUGUAACUGUCUUUCAUAGUUUUAAGGCAUAUACCUAUAUAUGUUAAACUAUAUUAUUUUGUUAGUAUUCAAUGCGUUCUAAUUAUGUUUGUAUGAUCGCAGCGUGAUAAGAAGUAAACUCUAAGUUAAAAGCUUCAAGACAAUUACGAGGCAAACUUCCAGCUUCGAUAUGGAUGUUCUUAUUUUACUAGACAAAGGAAUAUUUAAUUUUAGAAAAGCUGCUGAUAUAUUACAUUUGAGUUUAUCGUUGUAGGUAUUAAUAUUAUAUAUUAUAUAUUUAUUAAUUCCAAUAAUAACAAACUAGUUUUUUUCCUGUUUUAGCUCGAUAAAAAGUUCUGCACUCUUAUUUACUUGCAUUAUCUUACUAUUCGUUAUUCAAGCAACUCCAUUACUGUAACAUUCAAGGUAAUCAGUGCCACUAUACUUGAUUGUCAAACCAUUCUUUUGAAACUUUUUCCAAGAAGGAUGACCUCAGUUGAAGUUUAGAUUCUAAAUUAUUUGAUUGUAGCAUAUAUUAGUCUAGUAAAAGAAGUCCAUUAUCUUUCUAACAUAUAGCUUAGUAAUAUUUUGCUGGCGUUGUAUAAGUACGAUUGUGUUACGCUAUAUGGUGAUGAAAAAGUAAGUUAAUGUACUAUAAAACCUGCGCAGAUAGUUUUGUAAUUUACUGAGGCAGUAUUGCACCAACACACCUCAAAGAUGAACACAAGUUAAGCUAUACUAUGGUGUUUUUUCGAUAAAGGCAUAGCCCCAAACCAGAAGGUUGAAAAAGUGAAUAGUUCUUAUAGUCCAAAAUUGAGCCAUUCCUGACACGGAUGGUUGCAGGUGAUGAAAGGUGAGUCGUGGUCGACUGCCAAACUCUUAACUUGUACUUGUACUGGCAAAAAUUGUAUCAUUUGAAACAAUCAACCGCCCAGCAGCGACCAGCUUUGAUCAAUAGAAGAUCGCUAUACACCAUUAGGACAACGCCAGCAUACACACAUCAUUCGUGACUCGCCAAAAGCUCAUCAUUCUAACUAGGCAACAUAAUAACUUCAAUUUAAUGGAAAACCAUCUUAAUCAGAGAAAUACUCAGCAGUUUGGCAUUAUUAUUUUAUCAAAGAUAUCAGCAAAAUCUACAUUUAGUAUUUUAUGCCACAAGCCUAAAACUUGUGGUUACUCAUUCAGUGCGCAGACUCAACCAACAUUCUCUAUUGUUGCUAUUUCACACUUGGAGUAAAGUGGGUUCGCUAAAUUUAGAAAAGUCGAAGUCGAAAAGUGGUUUACAUUGACAUGUGAGAGUAGUAUUUUCAGAGCAUUUUUCAGCACUCUUAUUUAUUUCUAUCGUUUAUAUUUCAACUUUUAAUAACAUAUUCUUCAUUAAAUUUGCCUCAACUUCAACUCAAAAGCGUCUUUCCCCUCACUUUUGUUCGAUGUAAGCAUAUUGAUCGCAUACCUAUCACAUUUCGAAAAGAUCAUGAAAUAAAUAUUUGUAUAGUUAAAUAGUCUAUGAGCUUCAAUUUUGAAAACUAGAGCUUAGUGAUAACCUAGCAACAAAAUUUGUAAGUAUUUCCUCUUUAAUAGGCUUUACAUUAAAUGCAAUAAAUGCUAAACUUUAAAUUUAACCAUAAUUUCAAUGUAUUUAGCUUUAGUUGAAAUAUGUUCAAUUAGAAUAAUGCGCUGCUGCAUUGCAAAAGAUAAAAUUUAAGUAAAUAAAAAAAAGGCUUACGUAAUAAAAUAUUUAUUUAGACAAAAAAGACACUUCAUAGCGAACAACAACAAAUCAAAAAUACUAAUUGAGUAUAUAUUACAUAACACACAUGAACGCAUAUAUAUUUUGGCAACGAUAAUAAGCAAAUAACUAUGUAUGUAUGCAAAUCGGCUUAUCUUUAAUUAAUAAUUAACUUUUAUUGAGGCGCAUAGCAGAUAUUUAUAUAAAUAUAUAUAUAUAUAUAUAUAUAUAUAUAUAUGUAUGUGUAACUGGCAUUGUAAAUAUUGGCAUAGAGAAAAACCACAAUGUAAAAUAUUAAAUAGAUUAGAGAUUUUUUAAACUUUUAAAGCUAAAUUGCAUUAAACAAACAUAAUUAAGCUGUCACGGAUUAAAGAGAGAAGUGGAAACAAAAAAACAACAAAAAAAGAAAUCAUUGUAAAAAGUUUACAGGCAAAAAAUGAAUUUAAAUGUAAAUUUAUAGGAGAAAUGUGCAACAAAAAAUCAAAUACAGAGUAAAAAGUAACGGUAAACAUUUUAAUACAAAUUCACAAAAACAAAAACAAAACAACAUUGCAUUUGUGUAAACAAGUUCAUAUAAGGAUUCACGACACAAAUGCAUAGAACCAACACUUGCAUGCAAUAUUAUUAAAAAACCAAAAACUGUUAAAUUGCUCCAUUUUUUUAUUUCCACGCCAAUAUAAACCCAUUAGACCUUAGCAAGGAAAUUUGUGUAAAUUAGCACCAGCGAUAUUUAUUUAAUGUGAUUAGCAAACAGCAGCUGAAGCCAACAGCAUUUUAUAAACAGCCAAAUAAACAACAACAAACACAUAUAACAGCGGCAGUACAUGUCAAUAUGUAUAUAAAAGAUACACAAAAACACACAAACAAAUAGAAGCUGAUAAAUACAGACAAACAACAACACUUGUAAAAACUGUAAACAUUUGAAGGAAACUUAAGCGCCAGCAAUUAUGAGCAUGAAUGAGGUCUAGACAUUAAUUAAAAUUAUAACGUAGCAUGUAAGCAUAAGCUAAAGUAAAUAAAAA